AUGAGCGAACUCUGGGGUGAAGUUAAUGACUUUCUCAGUGCAGAUAACAGUUUCCCUUAUCUUAAAAUAGCAUAUGAGGAGGUCUUAUUUCCAGUAGGAGUCGAGACUGUAAAGCGGAGGCAGUCUAAAUACUUCCGUGAGGUGGGUAAAAAGUUCAUGGAUGAAUCUAUAAGGCUGAAUAAUACUCGCACCUUGCAUCGAAUUGUGGAGGACGUGCUCAAAGAGACCAUAAAUGGUAUUUCACAGAUAGAUCUUAAUGAAUUGGUUAAAACUGCUGUGUGGAGGCCUGAUAAAAAUAACAAGAGUGUCCAGCGUUUCAUUUCACGAAUGCAAGAUAGACAUACUCGUGAAGAAGUAGACGCAAAACGGCUCAUAAAAAAGGGUCUAACAUCUGAGCCUUAUCUUUAUGAAAUCCCAGAACCAGGCGAAC